AUGUCUCCUGGCUUGGCUGUUGUCACCGUCGUUUUCUUGGCAGCUUUUGGAUGCUCGACAUCUCCCACACCUUCAUUCAAGGCCCAACCCGGGCUCCUUAUCGACGUCUCGUACGGAAAAAAUGCCUCCGUCAUGCUCGAGACUAUUUGCCUUAUUCGAAAACGUGAUCGGCUAUGCCGUCGGAGCCGCCGACACACUCACUUGCCGGAAUAUUUUACCAAAAAUCUUGAUCCUGAAAAAAUGAACAAAUCAUUUCCCGUUGUUUUUCUUCUCUUAUCCGUACACCAAUAUUCCGGCAAUGCGCAAUUCCUUGGUGUGCCUUCCCCAGCAUCGUCCACGAUCUCGGCCACCCACUCUCCGAUGUCGACACAUUCUCCGUCCAGCAAGCAUCCCCGUCACAGCUUUCGUCGCGCUCUCACUCUUCAACCAUUUCUUCGGCAGUGCCAACGUGCUCUUCAGAGACAAGCGAGUCUCACAGCUUCCGUCUCUUUCUCUGGUACAGGUUCUGGCGGUAUCACUAAGUGUGUCUUCUCCGAGUCCAUCUCAGAUGACGACCUCUCCGCCUACCCCGACGAGUUUCCUGGAAGCGGAGGCUCCAGUUACGGCCACUCCGUCGGUCGGUGUUCUUCGAGUUCUGCAACAUCGAUUGGAGGGUGCACGAAUAUAGUUUUCCAGAAAUUGUGUUGUUUUUGUAGUUUUGCUGAGACGGAGCAUGGGGAGGUGACUUUUCCGGAGAUAAGCACAGCUAUUCUGGAGAAGAUUUGUCAGUACUUUUACUGGUCUCUUCAAUAUGCCAGUGGCAAGGAAACUGAGUUCCACAUUGAACCAGAGCUGACUUUGGAACUCAUGAUGGCGGCUAAUUAUCUGCAUACAUAA